AUGGGUUCUCCUUCUAAUCAUCACUUCUCUCUUCAUGAUCACUAUGAUCCUUACGAUCAAGAAUCUGACAAAGCAUGGGAUCAAAUCUUUGAGCAAGCAACCCAUGGAUAUGGUCAGCCUAGAAAGGAGAAGAAGAAAAAAAUAUAUAUAGAAAGAAACCGCGAGGAAGGCCAUGAACAAUUAUUCAAAGAUUAUUUCGCCGAAGAUGCCACAUACCCGGCGUAUAUGUUCCGUCGACGUUUCAGAAUGAACAAGUCCUUAUUCGAGAAAAUAGUUGAAAAACUCUCCACUCACGUUAAGUUCUUCAAAACACGACCGGAUGGUUUGGGAAGAACUAGUCAUACCGGACUACAAAAGUGCACAGCAGCUAUCCGUAUGUUGGCAUAUGGUUGUUCAGCUGACAAGUUCGACGAAUACCUUCGGAUCGCUGAAAGUACGGUAUUGUUAUGCGUGGAAAAUUUCGUGGAUGCCAUCAUAUCCUUGUACGGGGAUAAGUAUCUAAGACGACCCACAAAAGAUGAUCUUAAACGGCUACUUGACGUCGGAGAGGCACGUGGAUUUCCCGGGAUGAUAGGGAGCAUUGACUGUAUGCAUUGGGAGUGGAAGAAUUGCCCAAUCGCUUGGGCAGGACAAUAUACACGUGGCUCUGCAAAACCAACAAUUGUCUUAGAGGCUGUAGCUUCACAUGAUCUUUGGAUUUGGCAUGCGUUUUUUGGAUGUCCAGGUACCUUAAACGAUAUCAAUGUUCUAGAUCGUUCACCCGUUUUCGAUGAUAUUUUACAAGGUCGAGCUCCGCCAGUCAGUUACUAUGUCAAUGGGCGAAAAUAUAAGUUGCCUUACUAUCUCACAGAUGGUAUUUAUCCUAAAUGGGCAACUUUUAUGCCAGCAAUUCAAGUUCCACAAGAUCCCAAAGCAUCGGUAUAUGCUGAAUAUCAAGAACAUUUCCGGAAAGAUGUGGAACGAGCUUUUGGAGUCUUGCAAGCUCGAUUUGCCAUCAUCAAAAACCCGGCUCUUUUUUGGGAUAAGGAAAAAGUCGGAAAAAUUAUGAGAGCAUGUAUUAUACUACAUAAUAUGAUAGUUGAAGAUGAACGGGAUGGAUACAACAAUCUAGUUAAUGUAUUUGAAUUCCAGCAAGGAGGAGGAAGUACUUCACAAGUGGAGAAUCCGGUCUUUACCGAUAUGGAUACAGUUCAAGAUAUCGAUAGUAUGAUGGCCAAUCGAAAUCAAAUUCGUGAUUUAAUGAAACACGAACAAUUGAAAGCGGAUUUGAUUGAGCAUGUAUACCAUAAGCAUCGUCCGAAUGGAAACUAG